AUGGGUUUAAAUGAUGAUCAAGCUACAUUAUUAAUGGAGGAAAUGUUAGAAAAGGAUGAGUGCAUUGAAGACAUUAAUGGAGGUCAUGUUUCAGGAUGUAUCACCAAGGAAGAGCUAUGGAAAAUGACGAGUAGUGAGAAGGAGCCUGAUGGAAUUUGGUUUGAAAAGUGGAUGACUUGCCACAUCGCUGCUGAUUAUGCUAAGUCAAAGGCUACGUAUCGUGCUGCUAUAGACCUUUGUCGAACUGGGCACUGGCCUAAAGACGUGCAAGACAUAAUUAAAUUGUUUCUUGAUAAAAAAAGUUUUAUUGAAAAACGUGUUAUUAAGUCAGUGCAUCUUCAUAAAUCACACAUCAUAUUACGAAGCCAGUAUCCAUCAUCAUUUACAGGCUUGUCUCGUACGAAAAACGAAAACUGUGCAUCACAUUUCUGUGAUAUAGCAGGUUGUAUUAGACCAGAACAUCUGGUAAUUGAAACCACUGGUGUUAACAAUAGCCGGUACAACUGUGAAGGUGUCACUCUUUUUGUACGACUUGGAAGUGAAACAUCACCAGGUCAUAUUAUUCAAGCCACACCAUGUCCGCACGGUCUGAAUAGUGGCGAUCAAGGAUUAAAAAAUAGCUGUCGAAAGCUUAAAAUCUAUGCACAGGACCAAGUUUCUAUUGAUUAUUUUGUUAAAAAAAAUAAAAAAUUUGUUAAAAAUAAUAAAAAAUAA